CACCAGAUCUCUGCGUCCCCGCCAAAAAAAGAGUCGAGCCGCUUUCGGAAGACAUUUACGUGAGGACUAAGUUCGCGACAACUCUUCUUUUUCACAGCAACAAAAUGGCAGUCACAGAGCAGGACACCCAGGUUCCCACGCUUCGCAAUAUCCUCACCUCGGAGUCGGAGCCCCUCGCCCGCCGCUUUCGCGCUCUUUUCUCCCUCAAGCACCUUGCCGGCCUGCAGCCACCCAAUGCGCAGACUGUCCCCGCCAUCGAGGCCAUCGCAGCCGCUUUCGCUUCGCCAUCAGCCUUGUUGAAGCACGAACUCGCCUACUGCCUGGGCCAGUCUGGACACGAUGCUGCCAUCGCGCCCUUGAAGGGCGUAUUGGAGGACAAAGAGGAAGACUCCAUGUGCAGGCACGAGGCUGCCGAGGCGCUUGGUGCACUGAGUGACAAGGGCAGUCUUGAGCUGCUAAGGGCAUUGAGGGACGACGUCAAAGAGAUCGAUGUCGUACGAGAGACCUGUGACAUUGCUGUGGACCGCAUAGAGUGGGACCAUGGGCUGCAGAAGGGACAGGAGAAGUUAAAAAAGAGCGACUUCACGUCCAUCGACCCUGCGCCACCACUACCACAGAGUACCGAGAAGCCAUCGAUCCCAGAACUUGAGAAGACACUGCUCGACACCACCCUGCCCUUGUUCCAGCGCUACCGAGCCAUGUUCGCCUUGCGCGAUCUUUCCUCGCCACCCGACCUCCCAACUGCCGUUCCGGCCGUACAGGCGCUCGCGCGCGGAUUCACAGACCCCUCUGCUCUCUUCCGCCACGAAAUAGCCUUUGUCUUUGGGCAGCUAUCACACCCCGCAUCCAUCCCUAGUCUUACAGAAGCGCUCAGUAACACAAAGGAGGCAAGUAUGGUCCGACAUGAAGCAGCCGAGGCACUUGGAAGCUUGGGCGAUGAAGAGGGUGUCGAAGAUACUCUGCGUAAAUUUUUGAACGAUCCGGAGCAGGUGGUGCGGGACAGUGUGGUCGUAGCACUUGACAUGGCAGAGUUUGAGAAGAACGGAGAGAUGGAGUACGCCAUUGUGCCGCAAGCUGUUGCAGCUUAGCGCGGCCCAAGCUGUUGCGUGCAUACGGCGUUUGGGGUAUCUAGAAUUCAAAAUGGGAACCAUAGGUAGAAUUUCCGCUUCAGUUGUUGGUAUUCCAUCUGUAAGAUAGCAAUUAGCAUAAGCUCAGCUCUGAACAUGUAUGACCGAACGUACUUGUGACCGCAGUCGCACUCGUA